AUGGAGCCAGGUCAGGGUGCAACUCAGCUCGCAAAGGCUACUUCGACCACUGCGUUGUUCUCCCGUAUCGUUGCACGUGCCAGGGGCAGCCAAAUUCCAUUUGUGGCUGGUGCCCCCCUCGCUGCUGAGGGGGACGGUGUGUACGCGGGAACCGUGAAGAUUGCGCUAUCCAACAAGUUUUGGAUGUACUAUGACAACAUUGUGCUCCUGACGCUGCUCAUGCCUGCUGGAUUUGUUUGGUUUAUGAAUCGUGUCCCCAAGUGA